AAAAAACCAAGCUUGCUUCAACCACAGACUUUUCUUGUGCCGUCAUCAAUUCAUCACCACCGUCCACCAAAAGCACUAACACUUGACCCGUGCUGGCUAUCCUUCUGUCCUUCUGAUCUGCUCAAGUACAUCGACACGACUCGGGACCGCUGUACCUGUCCCGGUUUCCACUCUGGAGAAGACCCCGUCAUCCUUGACCCGCCACCCCCUCCCCGGUUCUUUUGGCAUUAGCAGCUGAAGCGGGAAGCAAGAAGAAAAGACGACAGCUACAUUCCGAACUGUCCCUCCGACUCGAUUCUCUGGAAUACAUAAAGAUCCAAUGGAUCCCUACUUCAGAACUGCUUCUCCCUACACAGAUCCUACCGUCAAAGGUCCCAAGUCGCAGAUCCAGGCAUCGGGAAUAGAUUUACGCAAGAUGAUUUCAAGCAACGUCAACAAGACUGCUCUGCACCCUGGUGGUGUUCAGCCUUACCGCGAGCACACCGAGCUCGAGGAGGAACUUCACGAGAUUGCCCACAUUGACUACGACCGCGUCGCCAUUGUCGCCAACCCUUCCGUCGCCGCCCUCUACGAAGAUGCCCUCGUCUACGAGAGCGGCACUGCCAUCACCUCCAGCGGUGCUCUGACUGCCUACUCCGGCGCAAAGACCGGCCGCUCCCCCCUGGACAAGCGAAUUGUCAAGGAGCCCUCUUCAGAAGAGAACAUCUGGUGGGGACCAGUCAACAAGCCCAUGAGCCCUGAAGUCUGGAAGAUCAACCGCGAGCGUGCUGUCGACUACCUCAACACCCGCAACCGCAUCUACGUUAUUGAUGGCUAUGCCGGCUGGGAUGAAAAGUACAGAAUCCGCGUCCGCGUUAUCUGCGCCCGUGCCUACCAUGCUCUCUUCAUGAGGAACAUGCUCAUCCGCCCUCCUCGUGAGGAGCUCGAGCACUUCCACCCCGACUACACCAUCUACAAUGCCGGAACCUUCCCUGCCAACCGAUACACCGAGGGUAUGACCUCUGCCACAUCCGUCUCCAUCAACUUCGCCGCCAAGGAGAUGGUUAUCCUGGGUACUGAGUAUGCCGGUGAGAUGAAGAAGGGUAUCUUCACCGUUCUCUUCUACGAGAUGCCCAUCAAGCACAACGUCCUGACCCUGCACUCAUCCGCCAACGAGGGCAAGAAUGGCGAUGUUACUCUCUUCUUCGGUCUGUCUGGAACUGGCAAGACCACCCUGUCUGCCGACCCCAACCGCGCCCUGAUCGGUGAUGACGAGCACUGCUGGAGUGACCGUGGUGUCUUCAACAUUGAGGGUGGCUGCUACGCCAAGUGCAUUGGCCUGUCCGCCGAGAAGGAGCCCGAUAUCUACAACGCCAUCCGCUACGGCUCCAUCCUUGAGAACGUCGUCUUCGACCCUGUCACCCGCGAGGUUGACUACGACGAUGUCACUCUCACCGAGAACACCCGCUGCGCCUACCCCAUCGAGUACAUCUCCAACGCCAAGAUCCCCUGCUUGACCGACAACAUGCCCACCAACAUCAUCCUCCUUACCUGCGAUGCCCGCGGUGUCCUGCCACCCAUCUCCAAGCUCGACAGCGCCCAGACCAUGUUCCACUUCAUCUCCGGCUACACCUCCAAGAUGGCCGGUACCGAGGACGGCGUCAACGAGCCCCAGGCUACCUUCUCCAGCUGCUUCGCCCAGCCCUUCCUGGCCCUGCACCCCAUGAAGUACGCCCGUAUGCUUGCGGACAAGAUUGAGCAGAACAAGGCCAACGCCUGGCUGCUCAACACCGGUUGGGUCGGUGCCGGCUUCGCCCAGGGCGGCAAGCGAUGCCCCCUCAAGUACACUCGUGCCAUCCUCGACGCCAUCCACUCUGGUGAGCUCGCUCAGGUCGACUUCGAGAACUACGAGGUCUUCAACCUGCAGGUUCCCAAGUCCUGCCCCAACGUCCCUGAGGAUCUGUUGAACCCCAAGAAGGCCUGGACCGCCGGCACCGACAGCUUCCAGCGUGAGGUUGUCAAGCUGGGCCAGCUCUUCCGCGAGAACUUCAAGAAGUACGAGAGCGAGGCUACUCCCGACGUCAUUGCCGCCGGCCCCAACGUCUAAGCAGCAUCUCAACAAAAAAUGGAGGUGGAACCAAAAACGAUAACAAAGAAAAAAACUGCUCAAGGAUACGAGGGAAAGCGUUUGACUUGAAAUUCUUAUGGAAUGACAAAUCGUGAUAUCCAGGGUUUUUGGACUUUUGACGAGUGAGGAACACGAAAAACAAAACGAAGGAGGAUUUUGAUUUGGAAAGGAUUUAGACUUUUUCCUUUUGUCCCUUUUUUUCUCAUUUUUUAUCUUUUUCCUUUUAAUGGCCACGUUUUGAACGUUGGGAAAGCAUCGAUAUGGGUCGGCGUUUAAUUCAUUUCACGUCCCCUUUGCUAUUUUGGAGGGAGGACUUUGGGGAUGCACUUUGCAUCUCUAACGAAAUUGCUAUAUAGCCAAAUUGAAUAUGUUUUUAAAAAA